AGCGUAUGCAACAUCAGUCACUGAGCUUAGCCUCUUCUGUUGCAAGCAAAACAAAAUCUGAACACGAUGUCUUCCCUACGAGCUGUUCUGGUCGUCGUGGCCCUGAUCGCCCUCGUGUCCGUGGCCUUUGCGAUGCCAGGCUACGGAGGCUACGUCAGGCCGUCCUACCACGGCUCAUCCCACGGCUUCCACGGCUCAUCCCACGGCUUCCACGGCUCAUCCCACGGCUCCUACGGCUCCCACGGCUCCGUCGGCUACGGCCGACCCUCCAUCGGAUACAACAGGCCUUACGGACAUCGCUGGUGAGGCAGCGGACGCAGACGCCAGACCGAAGGAGGCGCUGGCGAUUCUGGAGGAGCGGAAUCAAGGCAAUGACUGUGGCAGGGAUCGAGGAAGCCCUUAGGAAGAACCGCGAAGAAAUGUUACGUUGGGUUUUGGUGUUAUUUUUCCGAGGUUUUCGUUUGUUUGAUUGUUUGUGUAAAUGUGAAAUGGGCUGUGAAAAAAGGGAGGUGUUGUUUGAGUGGUUCUGUUAUUCGUGAAUAUCGAUGUGAUUUGUUGUGAUCAUAGCGAUAAUCCUUUCUAUUUAAAAAUAUAUAUAAAUAAACAAUAAAAGUAUACACAUAUA